ACCCAUGCAAACCUAUCCAACGUAAAAGUUGCAUUGCAUGUGCAGGUUCUUGUUGCUUUUCAUUUUUGGCGUUGUAUGGAAAGUUUACCUUAUUGCCUUUUAUAUAGGGUUGGUUUUUGGUCAAGGUUAUUUCAUACUUUUGAUGAUUCUUCUUCUUCUUCUUCUUCUUCUUCUUCUUUUGCUCUUCUUUAAUCUAUUUUCUUUUCUGGUUCUCAUUAAUUUUGGUGGAAUUACAGAGAAAAUUGGAAAGGACGAAAAGUUGAUAGAACCAUAAAGGAGGAGGAGAGGUACUUAUUGAUAAAGGGAAGGAGAAUUAUGGCAGAAACUGAUGAACCUCAUCCUCCUGACGAACAACACGCGAGCUCAACGCAGCAUGACCAGACCAAUGGAUCGCCGCCGCCGCAUGAGCAGAGUCCCGAGCAGAACAAAUCACCUCCAGCGAACACCCCGACUCCACCAUCAUCACCGCCGCCUGCGCAAGCAGCGCCGGCUCCAAAAUCAGAGACUCCGCCUCCAUCAUCUCCGCCGCCUGCUCCGAAAGCUUCUCCACCUCCUAAAGCUGCACCGCCUCCGUCAUCUCCGCCACCAUCAUCUCCUCCGCCUGCAUCACCGCCGCCUUCUUCUCCACCCCCAAAUUCACCACCACCGUCUUCUCCACCACCAAAAGCACCCACCCCUUCUCCUCCUCCCCACUCGCCACCACCGUCAACAUCAUCAUCAAGAACACCACCUUCUGCUCCACCUCCUCCUCCUAGUACUACUCCUAAUAAAGCUCCUGCACCAUCCUCCGGUGGUUCGUCAUCACCAUCACCGCCAACUGAUUCGUCACAACAAGGAGGCUCUCCUCAAUCCCCACCCACUAACUCUCAGUCCCCUCCAGCAUCCCCCCCACCUCCGGUGAAUCCUGACGGCACAAUCCCAACCACCAACCCCACCGCCCUAUCUCCUCCCAACGUUCCUACCCCUCCAACAGUUUCAGGAACCACACCUCAGCCCCCUCCUCUGUCUUCUAAUUCCACUCCCACACUGUCCACUCCCUCAAACUUAAAUUCAAGUAAGUCUUCAGAGUACACGGGAGGAAGUAGCAGUAGGCAUACAGGCACUGUUGUGGGGUUGACUGUAGCUGGAGUUUUCCUCGUUGCCUUGUUAGCUCUCAUUUUUGUGUUCAUAAGAAGGAGAAAGAAGCAGGCCCAAGUAUAUCCCCCCAAUUACUUGCCUCCCACCCCUGGUCCUCCUGGCAGUAACUUAUCAGGUGGAUAUUAUCUUGCGCAGCAACAGAGUCCUGCAACUUCUGGUCCCACAGAAAGCUUCUAUUCAAGUGGGCCGCCGGGACGUUCUUCUUUUGAUAAUAGCUAUCAAGCGCACAGUGGAGAUUCUGGUCUCAUAGCUGCUACUAAAGUCCAUUUCACGUAUGAAGAGUUAAUGGAGAUAACCAAUGGAUUUUCUCGUCAAAAUGUUCUUGGUGAGGGUGGUUUUGGAUGUGUUUACAAGGGUUGGUUGCCGGAAGGGAGAGUUGUGGCAGUGAAGCAGCUUAAGGCUGGUAGUGGGCAGGGAGAGAAGGAAUUCAGGGCAGAAGUUGAGAUUAUUAGUCGCGUGCAUCAUCGUCACCUGGUCUCUUUGGUGGGAUAUUGCAUCUCUGACAAUGAAAGAUUGCUUAUAUAUGAAUUUGUUCCCAAUAAAACUCUUGAGCACCAUUUGUAUGGUGCCGGAAUGCCGGUGUUGGAAUGGACCAGAAGAAUGAAGAUUGCUUUGGGGUCCGCAAAGGGUUUGGCGUAUUUACAUGAAGAUUGCCAUCCAAAAAUUAUUCACAGAGAUAUUAAAUCAGCGAACAUUCUGUUGGAUGAUGUUUUUGAGGCACAGGUUGCAGACUUUGGGCUUGCCAAACUUACAAACGAUACUAAUACUCACGUUUCGACUCGAGUCAUGGGAACAUUUGGGUACAUGGCACCUGAGUAUGCAUCAAGUGGGAAAUUGACAGACAGAUCAGAUGUGUUCUCAUUUGGAGUUGUGCUUCUAGAGCUUGUAACCGGGCGUAAACCUGUUGACACGAGUCGGCCUCUGGGGGAUGAGAGUUUGGUUGAAUGGGCUCGUCCGAUCCUCCUUAAAGCCCUUGAAACUGGGGACUUGAGUGAAUUGGUAGAUCCUCGGCUUGAGAAGCAUUACGUAGAGGGUGAAAUGAUCAGAAUGAUUGAGGCAGCUGCGGCAUGCGUGCGUCAUUCUGCUCUUAAACGACCACGGAUGGCUCAGGUGGUGAGAGCAUUGGACUGCGAAGGUGAAUUGUCUGAUCUGUGCAAUGGAGUGAAAGUUGGGCAGAGCACUGCAUAUGACUCUGGGCAGUACAAUGAAGACAUUGUGAGAUUCAGGAGAACGGCAUUAGGCAGCGGAGGCAGCUCAGAGUAUGAAAUGUCAAGCAGAGACUUCACCACCAGAGAAAUAUCUGGACCCCAAAGUGUAUGGACUCGCCCCGAUUCAAGCGACGAAUCAGAAACUCGAGCCUUUACUAUCCGCGGUGGUGAGAAGGGAUUUAGCGGCACUCCAGGCAGACACAACUUCUAA